AUGAGAAACAGAUUGAAGGCCGCAAAAUCCAAAAACCAAAAAAGUAACCGCCACCGACACGCAAAACGCGUUUCUCAGUCCCUCACAUUCUUACCGCGAAAAAAAGAUGAUUAACGGCAACAAAAAUCACGCCUCCCGCGUUUAUCAUCCAACUCUGAUACUCUUUUAAAACGCUCCUUCAUCUGUUUCACCCCAGAUCUCCAUCUCUCUCAUCAAUGGGGUCUCUCGACCUUUCCUCUCCCAAUUUUUCUCCCAAAAUUGACCCAAAUACCCUCCUCAAUCUCUUCAAAUCCCAACAAAACCAUCUCAAUUUCUUCUUCCAAAACCUCGACCUCUCCCAGACCCUCUCCUUCACCCAAACCCUCCUUAAUUCUCGUGGCACCAUUUUCUUCUCCGGCGUCGGCAAGUCUGGCUUCGUCGCUAAUAAGAUCUCCCAAACCCUCAUCUCUCUAGGCAUUCGCGCUGGCUUUCUCUCCCCUGUCGAUGCGCUUCAUGGCGACAUCGGUAUCCUCACCUCUCGUGACAUUCUCGUUCUCUUUAGUAAAUCUGGGAAUACUGAGGAGUUGUUGCGUCUUGUGCCUUGCGCUAAGGCUAAGGGUGCUUAUCUUGUGUCUGUGACGUCCGUGGAGGGCAAUGCUCUUGCUUCUGUAUGUGAUAUGAAUGUGCAUUUGCCCUUGGAGAGAGAAUUGUGUCCUUUUGAUUUGGCUCCUGUGACUUCUACUGCUAUACAGAUGGUUUUUGGGGAUACGGUGGCGAUUGCGCUUAUGGGAGCCAGGAAAUUGAGUAAGGAUGAGUAUGCUGCUAAUCAUCCUGCUGGGAGGAUCGGGAAGAGCUUGAUUUUUAAGGUAAAAGAUGUUAUGAAGAAGCAAGAUGAACUUCCAGUCUGCAGGGAAGGAGAUAUGAUAAUGGAUCAGCUAGUUGAGCUAACAAGUAAAGGUUGUGGAUGCCUGCUUGUCAUAGAUGAAGAGUAUCACCUGAUUGGAACUUUUACAGAUGGUGACCUUAGGCGCACUCUCAAAGCUAGUGGGGAAGGCAUCUUUAAGCUCACAGUGGGGGAAAUGUGCAACAGGAACCCAAGAACAAUUGGUCAAGAUGCAAUGGCCGUGGACGCCAUGAAGAAGAUGGAAUCACCACCAUCCCCUGUACAGUUUUUGCCUGUGAUCAAUCAUCAAAACAUCGUGAUUGGCAUUGUUACACUGCAUGGAUUAGUUUCGGCUGGUCUUUGAUCUGCAACUUUUUUUUUUCUCUCUUUUCUCUAGUGAUAUAUAUAUUUUUUUCUUAAGGUUAAUUCUUUUGGCUACAACUUGAAUUUACCCCAUGGGGGGGGGGGGAUCUUUUGUACUUCUACUGCUCAAUCAUUGACAUUGUCAAAUGAAUAUGCGUCUAAUAUUCGGUACGUAAAGUGGUCGAGUUGUUUGUAUUUUUAUUCAGAUGGGGACAUUGUGUCAUUUUGUCAAUAGUGACAGAAUUUUGGCAUUCUGUGCCUCAUUUUAAGCCA